UAACUGCCUCUGCCGGUUCCUUCAUCGCCAAAGCUGUCGAGGACUGCCAACACCGUCACGGCCGUUGUCGCGGUCGUCGUCGCGGCCGUCGUCGUAUAAUCAUCGUCGGGGAUCGCGUGGACGUCGUUAUAGCCUAUAGGCGAUAUCGGAGGACAGUUUAACGCGACGCUCAACGAGAGCCUGUCGAGCAACAGAGCGCGGGCCAUAACAAUUGAAUCGUUUGACCCGUUUUAAUUGGCAAGUUACACCGCCGCGAAUGAGAUGCUCGCCAGUAAACGAAGCGCUCGCUAGUUUCGCAGUGUCGUUUAUUCUAUCGGAGGAGAGUAAACGGUCGAGUUCGAUUUAAUUGCGCGCAAACUUUCGACACUGCCGAAAAGCUGCGCGCGACCCGAGGAUAAGGUCGUAGACGCGAGUAGACGCGAGCGCAAACGUCAUCGGAUUAGCGUGGCGUUUUCCCAUCGGUGGCCCAUUCGCGAAAACUCACCGUUCGAACGAAUCCUUCGUUAGAGGACGUUCUCGAUACCCGACUCGUCGAGCUUUCGCACGCUUCUUGGGCAAACGAAAAGGAGACACGCGGUGGUACUAACGAUAAAAUGGUGACAAACGGUGGAAACAACGGGAAAAUUUCGACGAUAGACGUGAGAACCGGUGGCACGGAUGAAACGGCGGACAUCGAUAAGGCGAUAUCGGUGGCAGGCUACGGUACGUUCAACGUGUUGCUGUUCCUGGCGGCGUUGCCUGUCGCAUGGACCGGCAUCUUCGACACCACCACGUCCGCUUUCAUCAUAGCGUCUGCCGAAUGCGAUCUCCGGCUCACUUUCUUCCGUAAAGGUGUUCUUUCCGCGUUUCCGUUCCUAGGUAUGGCGAUGACGGGAUUCCUGUGGGACCACCUCACACCGUACGUCGGAGCGAGAAACUUGUUCGUCCUUGGCCUUCUGGCGGACUCUAUUCUAAACGUUCUCUCUACCGCUGUUGACUCUUACUACGCCUUUCUGGCCAUCAAAUUCUUCAGCGGUGUUCUAGCGGGCGGACCGUUCUCGAUGGUGACCACUUAUCUCUCCGAGUUUCACUCGCCGAGCUAUAAGGCGAGUUUCGCUAGAUGGGGAGGCCUCGCUGUAAACGCCGCGAUCAUUGUCCCAGCAAUACGGUUCUUUCCAGUCAUCGCCUUUAUCGUCUCUCCCUUAUCGCUCACCGUCAACAUCUUCAACCGACCUUACACCUCUUGGCGGAUUUACCUGUUGAUCUGUUCGAUGGUGCCGGUCCUCGGUCUCGUCACGGCCAGUACGUUGCCUCAAAGUCCCAAGUACCUGAUGGAGAUUGGUAAACCCGACGAAGCUUUGAAGCUGCUCAGAAGAAUGUACGCGGUGAACAAGAACAAGCCGGCUCACACGUUUCCGAUCAAAGCGCUACUCGUAUGGGAGAACGCGUCGCUCUCGCGACGCGCCCCGUUCAACACGAAUUCCGAAAAAAUACGACUCACCUGUUACAACGCUAAACUCUUAUUCUCGUCUCGGUAUCUGCGUGCCGUUCUCUUUAUCAAUUUUCUUCAAUUCGGUAGCAUGCUGGGGUUCAACACGAUGAGACUCUGGGUGCCGCACCUCUUCAUCAUCCUGAAUAACUUCGAUUACGAGAGGUGGACCAACGACCGACCACCGACCAUGCGCGAAAUGUUGGAUCCUCGGAUGUCUGUGCCGGCCAAACCGUACUUGAGCUGUCCGGAUUUUCAGCGUAUUUGCCUCACGUGGAAGAUCAGCGCGGCAGUAUACGAAAACUCCGCCAUCAUAGCGCUGUCUGCUGUCACGUUCUCGUUCCUCGUCGGAACCAUAUCUACCACGACGUUCAGGAAGAAAGGGCUAAUGCUUGCCGCUUUCCUCGUGUCGGUGAUUAGCAGUUUCGGAAUAAACUGGGCGCAAUCUCCUCCCUACAUGUUGACACUGGCAGCCGCCAUUAUCGUGACGACGAGAAUAGCGGGUAAUAUCGUUACCGCUGUGAACAUCGACGUUAUUCCUAUUCCAUUAAGGUCCACUAGUCUGAACAUGCUCGUCAUUGUGGGUAACGUAGCAGCUGUUCUGGGAAAUUUUGCGUUCUCCGCGUUAUUGGAAGCGGAGUGUCUGGUCGGGUUCAUGGGAAUCGGUUGCCUGUUAUUCGCCUGCUUUUGCUUGUCUUUCUUUCAUCCAAGACCAGUGAAGACGUCGGAGAAAAGCCUCGCCAUGUCUAACGCGUAACGCGUCAACCAUCGGAUGGAUCGAAACGAAACCGCUAAAUGCGAAUAGAAACGAAUAAAAAGCGAAUAAAAACGAACAGAAACGAAUAGAAACGAAUAGAAACGAAUAGAAAGGAAACGGAACGAAACGAAAAGGAAACGAACCAAGUGUGCAUGCGCAACUGUGAUACCUUUGCAAUCCUUUUCAGAGUACCAUUCGGAGCCGAGACAGAUCGAUAUUUUUUUCUCAUCUUUCUCGCAUCCUACGAUUCGAAAGAUCUUUUUCUCUAUCCGUGUAAAUAUCCAACUGCCGUGAGUAUGUUAUAUUUUCCAACUGUUUAAUUAAAAAGAAUCGAGAUCUACCUUUUUUUCUCUUCCACAUUCGAAUUCUUCAACCGUGUUCCAAUCGUUGAUCGACUCGCGGAAAUAGUUCACUUUGAAAUCGAUCCUCGAACGGUCCGCAAAUAAUCUCGACGAUUCUUUUCACCGCGAUUCCACGUGUAAAUCGUAUUGAUAAAUCGUAUAUACGCAACGCGUACCAAAGUAAAAUCUAAUUAACGUUAAGCGCCGAUCGUCGAUAUCGGAAUGUCGAUAAUACGAUUAUGACAGAUGAAGCACAUCAUUGGCGUACACAGCCUUCUUGCGUAAACGGAAUCGUUGUAUCGAGAUCGUUUCGUUUAACGAUAUUCUUAGCUUCGACGAACGAAAAAUGGAGAGAGAAGAUGAUCGUUGCUAACGACAAAUCUACGAAGAAGGAAGGAACCAAAAAUGCGCCAAGAACCUGUUUGCCUUGUCUUUGGUUUUUCUCACUCGUAAAUCUAGUUGAACUAAUCAUUCGAUAUAUUCUUGUACUAUUUAUUCGUUAUAUACAAUAUGCAAAUUAUAAAACAUUUCAUUCGCUUCAAAUCGAGAUUCUGCGCGUCUAGAAUGCACACACCCACAUUACCGAUGCAAGGAUCAAGUUUCCCGUAUUACUUAUGCAAAAUAUCGAACCUGCAUUAUAUACUUUUCGAACGAGAAAUGUUCUUUAAGAAUGUUCAAGAUAACGGCGAUAAUUUGCGCGCAAACAAAACGAUCGUGUCACUAAAAUGCGAAAUUAACGACUUCCUUUGAACGUACUUUAUUGCGUACCGAAAUACUUAAACUUGAGAAAAUACGAUUCCCAUCUUUUCCACGAAUUGCAUUAUUUAAUUCCAAUGCGAACGAUGAUGCAUUGCACUGCGGGGUAAUAUCGUAAAAGACUCCGUAUUAUACGAAUCUGAAUAAACAUCAUAAAAUUUGGAACUUUUGACACUUGUUAUUGAGUUUCGAAACUAUAUUUAAUCUAAUUAUCAAAGGUACAUCUAUAAAUAGAAAUACACUCUUAAAUUGUAUUUUCAUAUUUUUCCAUCCUAAUAAAGAUAAA